GAUCCAUCAUUCCGCUGCAAAGUUCAGUUACUGUCACGGUCCAUGAUCUGUAUAUCCAUAACCUGUUCGCGACCGUGAGCAUACCCAGCUGUGUGAAGUAUUCCAACGUUUCCUUUGACAAUUUGCUUUGCUUCUUAUUCACGACCAUCACUCCAAGUUGACUGCACGUUUAGACACCACCUUAUACCUGGAUAUCCCCGAAGUUAUUCAGUCAUCCCAGACAACUUACAAGCCAAACUCAGUUUCGGUGGCCCAUAUCCCUGCUGAUGCCAGCUCCUCGUCCCUCUCUGAGUGCAGAAGCCGCGCGCGCCGCUGCGCUACAGGCUGAGUUUAAUGAAAAGAAAUGGGUGUGGGUACCAGACGAGAAAGACGGUUAUCUCGCUGGUUGGGUAAACCAAGAAGAUGACGAAAUUGCAGAGAUUAUUAUGUCUUCUGGUAGCGAGAUUCGUCAGGUCCCUUUGUAUGCACUCUCCAAGAUGAACCCUCCCAAGUUCGAUCGUGUCGAAGACAUCGCAGAUCUCACAUUUUUAAACGAAGCGAGCGUCGUGCAUAAUCUGCGUCUAAGGUAUGGAUCCGGAGCUAUCUAUACAUACUCUGGCUUAUUCUUGGUUGCUAUAAACCCUUACCAGAACCUUCCGCUGUAUACAGACGCGAUUAUAUCUCAGUAUCGCAGUAAACGACGCGAUGAGAACCCUCCUCAUAUCUUCGCAGUUGCGGAGCGCGCAUGGGUUAACAUGGGGGAGGAGCGCGAAAAUCAGAGCAUUCUUAUAACGGGAGAAUCUGGUGCAGGAAAAACUGAAAGCACGAAGAAAGUUAUACAAUACCUGUCUGCUAUAGCAACUGAUGCUCACCCGCGCCAUCCUUCACAUUCACAUUCUGCUUCCAUGGCAUCUUCAUUCCCCGCAUCCCCACCUUUGGGUCUGCCCAGAAGAAGCUCUUUCCAUACCAAAGCUACUCAUGUUGUGUCUAACAGCACUGGAGGUGCCAAGGGUCGUCUAGGCUUGCUCGAGCGACAGAUUCUCCAAGCGAAUCCCAUCCUUGAGGCAUUCGGUAACGCGCAGACUCAGCGGAACAACAACUCAAGUAGAUUCGGGAAGUUUAUUAGGAUUAGUUUUUCUCCGGACGGGAGUAUAUCCGGGGCGAAUAUUGACUGGUACCUGCUAGAGAAGAGUCGAGUCGUGGUUCGCAGUGCUGCAGAGCGCAACUUUCACGUAUUUUACCAGUUACUAUCAAGUGGAGGAUCAUUAAAAGACACUCUUCUGUUGGAUCGCCCUUUAGAUGAAUAUGAAUUUCUCAACAGAAGCAGGCGAGAGGUUGAUGGCAUCAACGAUCGUGAAGAUUGGGACGCUCUGAUAAAUGCUCUUGAUAUUGUUGGCUUUACGGUCGCCGAACAGUUCGACCUUUUCCGCAUCAUCGCGGCAAUUCUUCAUAUUGGCAACAUCGACAUCCGUUCUACCAAGUCGGAUGAUGCAUUCAUGCCAGAUCCCUCGCAAGCUGAGCGUGUCUGCCAUUUGCUCGGUAUUCCUAUCGCAGAGUUCACAAGAGCUAUCUUACGGCCCAGGGUUCUUGCUGGUCGUGAGUGGGUCACGCAGGCGAGGACGGGGCAACAGUCUCUCGACGAACUCGCGUCCUUGAGCAAGUCGUUGUACGAGAAGUCCUUCGGUGCACUGGUUGAGCGCAUCAACCGUGCGCUAGAUCGUCCGUCCUCUAAGUCGACGUUCAUUGGUGUUCUCGACAUCGCAGGCUUCGAGAUUUUCGAAAUUAACACUUACGAACAAUUGCUCAUCAACUAUACCAACGAGAAACUGCAACAAUUUUUCAAUCACCAUAUGUUCGUCCUCGAGCAGGAAGAGUAUUCCAGGGAAGGCAUAGAAUGGGAUUACGUAAACUUCAAGCUGGACUUGCAACCGACCAUCGACCUCAUUGAGAGCAGCGGGAACGCUAUUGGUAUCCUCAGUUGCUUGGACGAGGAAUGUAUCAUGCCCAAAGCCACCGAUCUCACGUUCACAGAGAAAGUCCAUUCGAUCUGGAGUGGAGAUCUGCGCGCAACAGACAAUCCUCAUCCAGGCCGGACGAAAUACACCCUACCGAAGUUUGAACAAGGCUUCAUCAUCACGCAUUACGCAGGCAAAGUCGAAUACCGCACCGACGGGUGGUUAGAGAAGAACAAGGAUCCCCUCAAUGAUAAUCUCACACGUGUACUGGCAUCGUCAUCGGAACCUUAUGUGGCAUCGCUUUUCCAAGAUUUUGCUGGCGUCUUCGCCGACGUGCCCCCAUCUUCCAGUGCUGGGUUCUCCGCAGGUAAAAGGCGCACCAUCAAGAGAGGAGCAUUUAGAACAGUUGCGCAACGGCACAAAGAGCAAUUAGCGCUUCUGAUGGCGCAGUUGCAGGCGACACAACCACAUUUCGUACGUUGUAUCGUGCCCAACGUCAACAAGAAACCCGGAAGGGUAGAUGUGCCCCUCGUCCUCGAUCAAUUGCGUUGCAAUGGCGUUUUGGAGGGUAUUCGCAUAGCGCGUCUUGGUUAUCCCAAUCGGCUUCUUUUCGUCGAGUUCCGCCAGCGCUACGAGAUCAUGACUCCAGGCAUUAUUCCUCGUGGAUACAUGGAUGGUCGCAAAUCGUGCAUCCGUAUUGUAGAAGCUUUGGAUCUCGAUACUGAGUUGUUCCGUGUGGGAACAUCCAAGAUAUUCUUCAAGGCCGGAGUCCUCGCCGAUCUCGAGGAGCGGCGAGAUGCCCUUCUAUUUGACGUCUUUUCGAGGCUACAGGCUGUUGCUAGGAAGUUCUCCGCACGCAGACAGAUGAAGAAGGUUCUCAAUCGUGCGGUGGCGAUACGAACGAUCCAGCGUAAUGCUCGCGUGUACGGGGAGUUGCGAGAUUGGCCAUGGUGGCAGCUAUACACUAAAGUCCGUCCGUUACUCGCCGCGACACGAAAUGACGAAGAGCUCAGAAGGAAAGACGUUGAGCUGCAACUUGUAAAGGAAAGAGCGGAGCGCGACCAACGGGAACGGGAAAACCUGGAGAAUGUGAAGAUGACUCUUCAGGCGGAAAAACGAAAGAUCAUUGAAGAGUUGGAAGCCGAGCGUGCGCUUACCCUCGACAAAGAUGUCAUGUUAGACAGAAGCAAAAAGAGGGAAGCAGAACUUGAAGAAGAGAUCGUUGCCUUACACGCCGAUCUCGACGUCCUUGAUUCGCAACUGGACCGUGCCCUGCAACUUCAGAAGGAGGGCGAUGAGAAACAUGAAACUUUACGUGUCGCGUUCGACCAGGCUGCAGAGCAUCUUGUCCGCAUGGAGGGUCAACAAAAUGAAUGGCGAGCUAAAGAGGCGGAACUUUCGGACAUUGUAUUAACCCAGGAGAGCAGCAUGGUUCAGCUGCAGCAGGAACACCAAGCUCUCCAGAAAGCCAAUGAGGACCUCAGAGCCCUUGUUUCACAGCACGACGAAGAUUUGGCGCGUGUCAAGGAGCGUUCUGAAGCUUUAGUGAGCGACUUGCAGGCCAAGCUCGGUGUGGAAAUCCAAUCUAAAGAGUCGCUCGGCAGCAAGGUCGACCAACUGGAAAGAAGCUUGAGUUACCUCAAACAGCAGCUAACAGAGAUGACUCGUACAUCUGCUGAGUAUUCUGCUAUGAUCCAGAACAAAGAGGACCAAAAUUCACAGCUGCUUUCGACCAUCACCGCAUCCGCCGACGAGCAUUCUCGACUGCAAAAAGAGAUUGUCGAACUCCACGCUGCAUCUGACAGACAGCGAGCGGAGAUCCAUGCUUCCAGGGCCGAUGUAGAUCGUGCAGUAUCUGCCAAGAUAAAACUUCAGAACGAGCUGGAUGAGCUCCGCACAAUCAUGGAGACCAAGACCUCCGAAGACGCCCGCCGGCUCGAAGUCGAGAAAAGCAAAGAGGAAGAGCUUACCGAACUCCGCUCUCAGUCUUCCCAGUUACACGCAGAACUCAGCAUUUUACGGGAAAACGCUCUUGACAAGGAAAGCAAGCUCGCUGCCGAGCUAGACGAGAUGCGUCGUCAGCACAAGCAGCUGGAUUCAGCUCACAGCUCUCUUUUAGACCGCGAGCGAGGCUUGAAGGAACGGACGUCAAAGCUCGAGGCAAUACUCGUGGAUCUCGAAAAAGCCAAAAGAGUGGUUGAAUCAGAAUUGCAGGCAUUGCGAUCCCGUCAGAUUGACUCGGAUGGUCGGUUAGCAGAGACAUUGAGGGCGAAAGAGAUCCUGGAACGACAACUCCACGCUGCUCAGACCAAAUAUAAUGAGAUCGAGGAUACGAUUUUGCAGAUGGAAAGAGAUGCUCACGCUGGCGAACGUCAGUUGGAAACCUUGAAGAAACAGCUGGAAUCCGAAUCAGCCAAGUGCAAGAACCUUCAACACGUCAUGUUAGCUCAGAAAAAGGAGUAUCAAGAACGCAUUGCGAAGUACGACCAUGAUCUUAACAAAGCAAUCACUGAUCUCAAGAAUCGGGAGUGGGAGCUCAAGCAAAUGGAGAGCAAACAGGAUAAGACGAUUGUCGAACACGUUUACGUUCUGGAGAAGGCCAAGAAAGUGACCGAUCAGCAACUGAGAGAGGCGCAAGAGCAGCUGCAGAAGGAUGCCGUCUACAUUCGAUCUUUGGAGAAAGCCAAGGCAAGCCUCACCCGGGAGGUGGAAGAUUUCGCCAGGGGAGGUGGGGUGGAUCAGGCAGAGCGUAGGGCCUCGGAACGGGCUAUCAAGUUCCUUGAGGAGAAAGCUAACAAAGCACUCGCCAGCGCAGAAGCAAAGGCUAAAACAGAACGUGCUGAAUUUUCUGUCCGACGCGCCCUCGCCGACUUGGAAAAGACUCAUAAUGAUUUGGUGACAGAGAAGAGGACACUCGAAGAGCGUUUCCAAGACACUCAGCGGAGGCUCCAUGAAUUGGAGGUUCAGAUUGAGGCCGAAGAUAGAGAAUCUUCUGAGUUGGGCAUUCACAGGCACCGUCUAGUACAACAACUGCAAGAUGAACGUCAGCAGCAUCAGAAAGAUCUCGCAGAGCGUGAUUUCGCCAGCGACCAGACCCGAAAGAAAUAUCAAGCUGAACUAGCCCAGUUGAGCGAAGAAAUGCAAGCGCAGCGAGAUGCGAUGACGAGGCUACGAGAAGAUAAUCGCAAAAUACAUUCAGACUACGACGAGCUGCAGCUAAGAUUUGAUGACGAAGUCUACAAUGGAGGCGCCUGGAACAGGGAGAAAGAGCGGAUGGAGACGAAGAUCGCCGAUCUAACCAAAGCUUUUGAGUCAUCGACUACUGCUCAAUCCGACCAGCAAGCGCAGAUCGUGUCACUUCACUCGCAAGUUCGGGAGCUUCGAAGCGUUCUCAAUGAUGCUGAGGCGGACAGGGCAAUGCUACAAAAGGCACGCCGCUCUUUGCAGGCGGAACUUGAAGGCAUCAAGCUUGACCAUGUCGAUGCAACGAAAAUGACUUCGGAUCGAGAACUACAAAAGCUACAGCUGGAGAAACAAGAUCUUGAGCGAUCUCUGGAGGAACAAAAAGAUCGUGUAGUCAUGGCCUUUGACCGCUUGAAGAGAGCCGAGGCACAUGCCAAUGAAAGCCAGCUGGAACUUGACCGGACCCGCGUCGAGAAUACUGAACUGGAUAGAAUAAAUGUAAGUGCCUGAAAAAUGAUCUUCAGUGUGCUCACUCUGUCCUACAGGCACAGCUAGAGAAGCAGGUCAAAGACCUAAACGUCCGCGUCGUUGACCUUGAAACGAAGUCAUAUGCAAAUUCUCCUCACCCAUCCUCCACUGUCAGGCAGCUGCAGGGCCGUAUCGAUGAACUCACUACUCAACUCAAGCAAGUGUCACGCGAGAAAGUCGACUCCAACCGCUUGCAUAGUUCUGAUAAGGCAAUCCGCGACAUACAACUACAGUUAGCUGAAAGCGAAAGGCACCACGUCAAAUUGGAGGAGGAGCGAAAAAUAUCC